AUGCUCUCAUUUACUCAGCAGUUGUUUGACCCACUCGGUAUGAUUUGUCCAGUUGUUAUUUGUCCUAAAAUCCUUCUUCAACAGGUUUGGGCUAAGGGUUUCGACUGGGAUGUCAGAGUCGAUGAUGAUGUUCGUGAUGCCUUUGUUCUCUGGAUGGACCAAUUGACUUGGCUUAAAGAAGUGAAGAUCCCACGCUUUCUAUUCAAAGCGGAGGAGGAAGCAUCCAGAAUUUCUCUCCAUGCAUUCGUAGAUGCAAGUAGCUUGGCUUACGCAGCUGUAAUUUUUGCCAGAGUAGAGAGCAACAACCGCGUUGAAGUCGAGUUUGUCAGUGCAAAAGCAAAUAUUUCUCCUAAAGAAACCACAAUACCUCGACUUGAAUUGCUGGCAGCAACGGUGGCAGCAAGGCUGAUGCACUCGGUGGUCUCUGCUGUUCCAGAUUUACAUUGUGAGUUGUAUUAUUGGACAGACUCCAGUACAGUACUAACCUGGAUACAAAGGAAUAAACAGUGGGCAACCUUUGUCUGGAAUCGUAUCCAGGAGAUUCGCCAAUUGACGGAUCCAGAGCAGUGGUCCCAUGUACCUGGAGUCUCUAAUCCAGCAGACUUGGCAUCGAGGGGCUGCACAGCUAAACAAUUGGUGGAUUCAAGGUGGCGUCGGGGACCAGAGUGGUUAAAGUUGCCUCCUGAACAGUGGCCUCAAGCAGUUGAACCUGUUGAUGAGAACGAGGUCAACAUGGAGAUGAAGAAGGCCACUAAGAAGCUCAGGACCCCAAAGACUGCUAUAACAUUAAUCACUGCCUCCAAUUCAUCGCAGUUGAACCCAGAGAACAACCAGCCCCCUUGGUAUUUGAGGAAGUAUUCGAGGUACUCUCAAAUCAUUCGUCUCGUUGCUUGGACUCUACGAUUUGUCAACAACUGUAGGAACAAAGAAAAGAUUCGCAUCCAGACGUUGACAGCGCAAGAACUACAGUCAGCAGAGUAUGCAGUCUUCAAAAUGGUACACUCUGAGUGUUUUAAUUGGGAGAAAGAUCCUCGUCUAAGUGAUCUGGUGGUUUACAGAGACGAGAUGGGUCUCUUACGACUCAAGACACCAGUAGCAUAUCGUGACGACUCCAUGGGCUUCCGGUGUCCAGUGAUUCUGGAUCGUGGACAUUUGUUGGUGAACAGGUUGAUUGAAGAUUGUCAUCUAGAACUCAAACAUGGUUCCAUUGACACCACUCUCAAUAAACUAAGGGAACGAGUAUGGAUAUUAUCCAGCAGACGAGCGGUACAAUCCGUUGUGAGGAAUUGUGCGAGGUGUAAGAGAUAUACUGCCAAGAGACUGGAAUCUAUCUCAAUACCUCUUCCAGAAAAUCGAGUGAGAGAUGCAAGUGCCUUCGAAGUUUCUGGUGUUGAUUUGGCAGGUCCACUGUUUCUCAGAGAUGGAAGCAAGAGCUGGAUUGUCUUGUUUACCUGCGCAGUCUACCUGGCCAUUCACCUGCAAUUGCUGUCUACCCUCUCUACGGACUCCUUUUUGGAGGCACUCAGACGAUUUAUAGCUCGUAGAGGACGUCCUGCUGUGUUAUAUAGUGAUAAUGGCACUAACUUAGUUGGUGCAUCCAAUGCUCUGAGAAGUUUGGACUGGGAAACGAUCNCCACUGUUUCUCAGAGAUGGAAGCAAGAGCUGGAUUGUCUUGUUUACCUGCGCAGUCUACCUGGCCAUUCACCUGCAAUUGCUGUCUACCCUCUCUACGGACUCCUUUUUGGAGGCACUCAGACGAUUUAUAGCUCGUAG